GGCGGCGGCCGCCUCCUUCCUGCUGCCGGCGCGGGGGCGGAGGCGCUGGCGCGGCGGGGCCGGGGCAUCGCGGGCCCGGGCGCCUCCCCUCCCUCCCCUCCUCCUCUCCUCUCCUCCCCAUGGCCGGGAACUUCUGGCAGAGCUCGCACUAUUUACAAUGGAUUUUGGAUAAACAAGAUCUGUUGAAGGAACGCCAGAAAGACUUGAAAUUUCUGACUGAAGAAGAAUAUUGGAAACUACAGAUAUUUUUUACUAAUGUUAUCCAGGCUUUAGGUGAACAUCUUAAAUUAAGACAACAAGUUAUUGCCACUGCUACAGUCUACUUCAAGAGAUUCUAUGCCAGAUAUUCCCUAAAAAGUAUAGAUCCAGUAUUAAUGGCUCCUACGUGUGUGUUUUUGGCAUCCAAAGUAGAGGAAUUUGGUGUUGUUUCAAAUACAAGGUUGAUUUCUGCUGCUACUUCUGUAUUGAAAACUAGGUUUUCGUACGCCUUUCCAAAGGAGUUUCCUUAUAGGAUGAACCAUAUACUAGAAUGUGAAUUCUAUCUCUUAGAAUUAAUGGACUGCUGUUUGAUAGUAUAUCAUCCUUAUAGACCUUUGCUCCAAUAUGUGCAAGAUAUGGGCCAAGAAGACAUGCUGCUACCUCUCGCAUGGAGGAUAGUGAAUGACACAUAUAGAACUGAUCUUUGUCUGCUGUACCCUCCUUUCAUGAUAGCUCUAGCUUGCCUACACGUGGCCUGUGUUGUCCAGCAGAAGGAUGCAAGGCAAUGGUUUGCUGAGCUAUCUGUUGACAUGGAAAAGAUUUUAGAAAUAAUCAGGGUUAUUCUGAAGCUGUACGAGCAGUGGAAGAACUUUGAUGAGAGGAAAGAGAUGGCUACUAUUCUUAGUAAAAUGCCUAAACCAAAACCGCCUCCAAACAGCAGUGAAGGAGAACAGGGUCCAAAUGGUAGCCAGAACUCUAGUUAUAGCCAAUCUUAAGACAUUCCAAAGAAUUUCUUUAUGGACCACUUUGACUCAAGACAUCCUCGGAUCUUUCCUGUGUUCAUGAAGUGGACAGAAGGUUUUAGUAACAUCUUUGACAAAGAACUCUAAGAAUAAAUAGCUUGUUUGUGUCAAGCAUUUUGAAAGCUUUUUCUCUAAAACUGCAUCAUUUUCUCUGACGCUGGAGCAAAUGUACUAAGAUUUUUCACUGUAAGGAAUCAAAGGUUAAACCAAGCCUCAAAAGAUUAACACUAUCCACUUGAAACAAAUUGUUGUUGGUUUUGUUUGCUUUGAGAAAAUUGUAACUUGCCAUUGAAGUGAACUAUUUUUAAAGCGACGGUAACCUGAAGCCUAAGCGUAACUAUUAAUGGCUUGUGUUGUCUUCAUUUUGUGACUGAAGGAAGAUAGUGCUCUGUAUGUUAAAUCUGUUCAUUACCUUGAGUUUUGUUCAUUUUUAAAAAAAUAAAUACAGAUUUUGUAACAAGUAACAUGGCAGUCCUUCAGAAACAAAGCCUAGAAGAGCCUGCAAAGAAUAUUGUUACAGUUUUUAAUGAAAGCUGCAGGAAAGAAAUUAGUUCCUUUAUUGGAUUAGAAAAAAGCAGUUUUACUCAGUAGAUGUACUUGGAUGUUUUUGCCAUGAAGCGUAGUAGCCCAGCUUACCAGAGGAGUGCAAUAUGUAUAGUGAUUCUGCAGUUUUCUUAAACAUUUCAAGUGUUAGGAAGUCAAAAAGCGCAACUUUUUUCAAGUAAACUUACUGUUUAGUACAAUCGGAGUAUUUCACAAUCAAGUAAAAAUUGGAUAUGAUCACUAUUUUUAUGGUGGUUUUUUUUUUGUACAAAAGAUACACUGUUAUUCUGCCUUCACUGUUGGUGUGAAUUUGUGUGGUUCAUUAAGGAGUUUAUUUAAGAGGAUCAAGCUUUCAGUGACCUUCAUACUGGCUAAUUUUAAUUGUGAUGUUAGGAGCAACUCUUUAGAAUAACUGAAAAGGGAUUCCUUGGUUAACUAUGUGCUGGAGAAAAUGAGAUUCCUUCAAACAGAAGGCCAUAUCCUGUGUUCCUUACUCAGGCAGAUAUCCCACUGAAGUCAGGAAUUGGCCUAAAUCAAAUUUCUUGAUUUUUAGAUAACUCUGUACAGCUUCAUUUUGAAAGAUAAUGCUGACUUGCCCAAGCAUAAAAAUGGAAUGAUAAAAUAAAGUGCUUUUUUUCUUUCUGAAGCAACACAUUACACUGGUCAGAAAUAUUGGAGAGAAAUUCUUGGAAACCCUUGCGCUGUGAUGCGUCUUGGUUCAAAAAAAAAAACAGCCCAUGAAAACAUCCCCCAUUUUUACAAGUGCCCAUCUUUGUCAUCGGCUGGUCAUUCAGUGAAAUAUAAUUGAAGUGUGUUUGUAUGUAGCCUAUUAGGCUACUAGCAUUUAUUUCUGUUCACAUUAUUUUUGGAAAACAUUAGGUAAACAAGACCAAACCACUUUGGCAAGAUAGAAAAUAUAUACAUUUUGGUCUAUGCUACUUUUGUUGUCAUUUGAUCCAUACCUUUUAUAGGCACUUGAUUGAUGAAGUGGGAUUUGGCUAUUUGCCUUUGUUUCCUGAAGUCUAAAAUGUGCUAUUUGUAACGUGGACUUGGGGAGUAGAAAUAAAUCAAUGCAACUUGA